GCUCGGCGGCGCGGCCCCGGCAGUCGUCAGGCCGGGCGGCCCGGGGCCCCGCGCCCUCCCGUUAGCCAUGCAGAGCCCCGCCGGGAACGCGAGCCGCGGGCUGACAGGCGGGCCGCCCUCCACGGUUGCCUCCGGGGCGGGCCGCUGCGAGAGCGGCGCGCUCAUGCAUAGUUUCGGCAUCUUCCUGCAGGGGCUGCUCGGCGUCGUGGCCUUCAGCACGUUGAUGCUCAAACGCUUUAGAGAACCAAAGCAUGAAAGACGCCCAUGGAGAAUAUGGUUUUUAGACACUUCCAAACAAGCCAUAGGGAUGCUGUUCAUCCACUUUGCGAACGUGUACCUGGCAGAUCUCACUGAAGAGGACCCCUGUUCACUGUACCUCAUCAACUUUCUCCUGGAUGCCACCGUGGGCAUGCUGCUCAUCUAUAUAGGCGUGCGCGCUGUCAGCGUCCUGGUGGAGUGGCAGCAGUGGGAAUCCCUGCGCUUCGGCGAAUACGGAGACCCUCUGCAGUGUGGCGCCUGGGCUGGGCAGUGUGCCCUGUACAUCGUGAUUAUGAUCUUUGAAAAGUCUGUGGUCUUCAUCGUACUCCUCAUACUUCAGUGGAAAAAGGUGGCCCUACUGAAUCCCAUUGAGAACCCAGACCUGAAAUUGGCCAUUGUCAUGCUGAUCGUCCCCUUCUUUGUCAAUGCUUUGAUGUUUUGGGUAGUAGACAAUUUCCUCAUGAGAAAAGGCAAGACGAAAGCUAAGCUAGAAGAGAGAGGAGCAAACCAAGACUCCAGGAAUGGGAGCAAGGUCCGCUACCGAAGGGCUGCAUCCCACGAGGAAUCUGAGUCUGAGAUCCUGAUCUCGGCUGACGACGAGAUGGAGGAAUCCGACGUGGAGGAGGACCUCCGCAGGCUGACUCCCCUCAAGCCUGGAAAGAAAAAGAAGCACCGCUUUGGGCUGCCUGUAUGACACAUUCCAGUGCUGGGGGUGACAGGCGCGGGGCCCAGCCAGCUGCUGUGUCGGCAGACGCUCACCCCUCAGCAGCAGCCCUUCCGUCCUCUCUGUGCCCCUCCUCUUCUACCUCCACUCCUCCUGCUGUCUGCCCACUCUCCGCCCACUCCCAGACUACUGUGACUUAAACGGAGGGAAGAGGACCCAGCGCCCAGGUGGGCCGUGGGCAGCUGGAGGCUCCUGCUCAGUUGCACUACAAACACUGACCAAAUAUGCAAGCCAAGAGCUUUGUCUGUUUGUUGUUGUCCUGAACAGUGCUGUGAGGGACCCCAAAGCCCCUGUCCUGUGCCCGGCUGGGUGACGUGGUAGAAAACACAGGUCCUCACAGACCUCACUGGGGCUGCCGGCGGUGUGGACACAUGACAUGCUUGGGGCUAAAAGCCACUCACUGACCAAGUUGGAACUGAGAUGCUUUCUUACUCAAAAUAGCUUUUGUAACUCUUGAUUUCUAAAGCCGGUUUUAUGCGCUGUGACAGUGUUACUGUUUUUUGAGUAUGUGUUUAUUCCUACAAAAUACCUAUGGGACUAAUAAGCAAAACAUAGAUUUUUUUAAGUCUUCCGUA